UGCCACCGUAAGCAGAUUACUUUUGCGCUGCCUGUGUCAAAUACGUAGUUCACUUUGCCUCUCCAUCAUGUUUAGGAUGCUGAAACACCACCUUCACCCGGGCAUUUUUCUCUUGUUCAUAUGGCUUUGUCACCUCAUGGAACAUCAAAAAGUUCAAGCUGGGAACUGCUGGCUGCAGCAGGGGAAGAACGGGAGGUGCCAGGUGCUCUACAUGCCCGGGAUGAGUAGGGAGGAGUGCUGUCGGAGUGGAAGACUGGGGACGUCCUGGACCGAGGAGGACGUCCCCAACAGCACGCUCUUUAGGUGGAUGAUCUUCAAUGGCGGAGCCCCCAAUUGCAUACCUUGCAAAGGUGGAGAAACCUGCGAUAAUGUUGACUGUGGGCCCGGGAAGAGGUGCAAGAUGAACAGAAGAAGCAAGCCGCGUUGCGUGUGCGCACCAGACUGCUCCAACAUCACCUGGAAGGGACCGGUCUGCGGCUCAGACGGCAAGACCUACAAGGACGAAUGCGCGCUGCUGAAGGCUAAAUGCAAAGGCCACCCCGACCUGGACGUGCAGUACCAGGGGAAGUGCAAGAAAACGUGCCGUGACGUCCUGUGCCCCGGAAGCUCCACAUGCGUGGUGGACCAGACAAAUAACGCAUAUUGUGUGACGUGUAAUCGGAUUUGCCCCGAGGUGACGUCGCCUGAGCAGUACCUGUGUGGAAACGACGGGAUCGUCUAUGCCAGCGCGUGUCACCUGAGAAGAGCGACCUGUCUCCUUGGCAGAUCCAUUGGAGUGGCAUAUGAGGGAAAAUGCAUCAAGGCCAAGUCGUGUGAGGACAUCCAAUGCAGCGCGGGGAAGAAGUGUCUGUGGGAUGCUCGGAUGAGCCGGGGCCGCUGCUCGCUGUGUGAUGAGACCUGUCCGGAGAGCAGGACGGAUGAGGCAGUGUGCGCCAGCGACAACACCACAUAUCCCAGCGAGUGUGCCAUGAAGCAAGCUGCUUGUUCUAUGGGGGUGCUGCUGGAAGUCAAGCACUCGGGAUCUUGCAACUGUAAGUAAACAACAAAAGCAAAAUAUGAGAAAAAAAUGAAACAAAACACCCUCCUCCCUCUCCAAGCAAAAGACAUUAUUCCAUGUUGCUUCCCCAACAAAAACCUCCCCUGAAAGUGCCCCCAACCCAUCCCAACUUCCCCCAAACUCCCACCCCAGCCACACCACCAAGCACAGCUUAAGCAAGCAGAAAGGACUUGGGAAUAGAAGAACUUGCAUGAUGUUGUCUUUGUCGCUGGCUUUUGUUCUUGUGUUCUUGUUGUUUUUUUUAUUUUACUUUUUUUUUCAAUUCUUCUGCAAAACAAAAUAACAGAAAGGUGAAUGAAAAAGCAUCAAUAUAAAUAUAUCAGCAGACUCUAUCCAGGGGUCUGGGAAAAGCUAACUACAUUAAACUAACACAAAUAAUAAAGGAGACUAAUUUUGUUUGCAGUGGAACAAUCCUAGUUACGUUUAUGGUCAUGCUAGUGACCUGCAGUAGCAGGUUGCCUUAAGACUAAUGCAGUUUUUUUGUUUGUUUGUUUUUUAAAGUCAGGAAUGGUUUAUAUUGAUGACAGUGGUCAUAUCUUUACAGCUUGUAAAUUCCAUGGUCACAUUGCUAAUUUCAAGUAUAUUUGUGUUUUUGUAUUCUUUUACUUUUUGUUGCUUUUGGCUGUAAUCAAUCAAUUCAAAAUGCACUGCCUCUUGUGACAUACACCACACUGCCAACAUGUCAAUAAGAACAGAACACUUCUACUCACAUGAUGCGCAUAAGGUGAUUGUAAAAUUGGUGCCAUGUUAGUGACGAUGACGAUGUCUUCAACGCUGACAUUCACGUAGACUGCUUAUCUGUAGAGCCAUUCAUGCGCUCGCAAAUCUGUGGGUGCGCCGUCAAAUCGAACAACAGCCUCGAGGAAGUAUCAAAUUUACAUUCCAAGAAGGGUGUCUCCUUGUUAGCUUCUCUCUCCCGACUGAGUACCUUAAUGUGAUGUGCCUAAGGUAUGCAACGGAAACCAAGGGACCAACUUUAUGAUCACCUCAGCAGCUAAAUAUCCAUGUGUUACUUCACAGUGUGCAGGAUAAGCAUAAGAAGCUUGUAGAACCGCGCUCUCUUACUUCUCAUCUCACCAUUAGGGAAAAAAGUUAACAUUUACCAGCUAACUUUUUAUUGUUCGUGCUGUUCCCAGUGAAUGUGUUGUCUACCAGAACAUGUAUCAGAAACUACAAAUCCGUUUGGAUUGAUGAGGGACUGCCUGUUUUUUUUUUUCUUUUUGUAUUGUCACUCUUGCUCUUGCUUGUGUGCUUUUUUCUUUUCUUUUUUUUUUUUACGUGUCCGAUGUAAAUCUCCUCUGUAAAAAGAAAAUACCUCAGAACUGUGUUGAUGAUCUCUGACCUGCUUGCUAAGGCCAGGCUGUGACACAGAGUCCUCCCUCCCUGUACGUUUGAGCCAGAAACUUAAAUAAUAAUCAGAGCAAAGAAAAUCCGAGAACACAAGAGCACUUUUUUUGUGUUAUGUGUGUCUGCUUUCAGGAAUCUGCCCAAAAGAGACCCGAGCCACUGGAACCAUCAGUGCCCCUAUACCCCCCCUUCCCCACAAUCCACCUUGUGACCCCCAACCCCCCAACCUCCAACCUCUCUACCACCCCUCUUCUCCAUCAUCCCACUUUUUUCUCUUGUUGCAGCCCUGACUUGCUAGAUUAUGUAAAUGCCAGUUGCAUAAUUGGGGAUGCCACAGUAAUUGUUGAUGCCAAGUCACACAGACCCUUCCUCACACACACACACAAACACACACACAAACAUAAACAUACACACACGUUCACAAAAAAAUAACAACUAGGAGGCUGUGUGCCAGUGGCUUUGCUGUGAGCUUUUUUUUUGAGAGCAUUCAGUGAUAUUCUACGCUGUUGUGGUCCAUAUUCAUACAACAGCUACCAUAUAUUCUCCCACAUAGCCAUUACAGAAGACCAGGAGGAGGAUGAGGAAGAUGAGGACUCAGACUACAUGGCCUAUGUCCAUAUAUCUUCUAUACUGGAUGGAUAGGCCCCCAUCACUAGGGGAACAGUCCUAGGGCAAGGAAUCAUGUCCAUACUGUACAUUAUGUGUAUGCUUAUUUAUUUUUUAAAGAAAAAGGAAGUAUACAUAUAGUUCAGUCUGCUAGAUGUUUAUUUAUACUUUUUUGUGUUUUAUAAUUUAUACAUUUACAAUGUCAGGCUUACUAUCUACCAUGAUAUAUUGUGUUACCACUCAUUUCCCCCUUUUUGUUGUUGUCCCUUUUACUUUCUUUUUUUAUCAUGAAGAAAUAUAUUUGUCCAAAGAGAAGCAGUGUUAUUUAUUUGUCAUGUUACCGUGUAAGUAUAAGUCCUCUACAAGCUGUAAAUUGCAUUCCCUGAGCUGUAAAAAUCUGCUUGUUUCUGUCAAAUCUCUAUCACAGAUGUUUAUGUCACACAUACGUAAAUGCAUGUUUAGGCUGUGUGUUUAUUUAUUGGGAAUAUAUCAAUCAUUUUAUGUACAGAAGUGUUUCUGGUUUGUUUACAACUCAUAAUAACUGACCAAAGGGAUUCUCUCAAUGGUUUUGCAAAAGAGCAUUGUAAAAGUUGCAACACAGCAGUGAUGAAAUGGAAGAGAAAAAAAAGAGCCAUUUGUUUUUUAAUGUUUUUUUCUUUUUUUGUGGUUUCUCUCUUCAGUUUUAGCCCUUUAGAUUUGAUUCCACACGGAGACAACAACUUUAGACAUUAUUCUAUAGCAUUUAUUUUGUCUCACCACAUUAGAGCAGAGGUAAGUUUUGGACAAUACUUGAUUAUUGUGGAAACAAUGUGCCAUUAACAUUUGUGUGCUGUCUUCUUGCCAACGUGCUCCAUAUUGCUCUCGCAGAGCUAAAAUAGGACUAAUAUACUGCAGUACUCGACACUAUAUCAGACUUCACUUUGUUUCUUUAUGGGUUUUUUUUUUCCUCAGAAUGCAUUUUUAUUUUCAAACAUCACAAGAGAAAUACAAAAUUCUGUUAUGAAUAUAUAGUUUUGUAUUUUUUAUGUAAAUGUCAUAUGUACAUACAAAGUUUGAUGGUAUUUGUACAGAUAUGAAGAGUGAA